AUGAGGUGCUGGCUCCGUAGGCAUCUCGAGAUCCCCCAGCCUUCCAAGCACUCUGUCUCUAUCGAUAAAAAGCGCCGCAUUCUCGCCCGCCUCACCUGGUCCUCCAGUUUUGAGUCCUUCCUCGCUACCAAGUACCCCAACGACAAACAUCACAACAGUUUGUCCAACAUCAAGCAGCCGAGGCGAGACACUGCGACCUUUGCGAACGAAGGUCCGCCGGCCACGUGUUUAAGUCUCGGCGUUGAAACGGGCAGGAAGGGGGCCGUAAAUGUCAUCAUGGGCAAGGAUGACUGUCUCCUUGUCGUUGUUGAGCGGCGACUCCGUUGCUCAGAUACAAAGGACCUGACCUUUGGACAAGAAAAACCGGUAGUCAGAGUGGGCCAAGCAGCUCAAUCCAAGUCGACGAUGGAGGAAGUGGAGGAGGAAGAUGGUGCCGAUCUGGACAUGCACGAUGACGGGACUGUUGCAAUGAAGAAGCCCCGGGCGUGA